AUGUUGGAUGACGUUAUUGAAGAAAUUGGAGAGCAUCUUGUUGUUCAAGUGGUUACUGAUAAUGCUAGUGCCUACAAAGCGGCGGGUACAUUAUUGAUGGAGAAAAGAAAGCAUCUCUAUUGGACUCCAUGUGCUGCAUACUGUAUUGAUUUGAUGCUUGAAAGAAUUGGAGAGUUGCCACAACAUGCAACUGCUUUGAGUAAAGCAAAAAAAUUGAGCAAGUAUAUUUACAAUCAUCAAUUGGUCCUAGACAUGAUGAGAAAAUUUGCCAAAAGAGACAUUGUAAGACCUGCUGCCACUAGAUUUGCAACUGCAUUUCUUACACUACAAAGCAUUUAUCAAGUGAGACAACCUUUGGAGGCUAUGUUUACUUCUGAAGAGUGGAUAGAGUGUCCUUGGGCAGCUAAACCAGAUGGAAAAGAAGCAAGAAAAACAGUUUUGAAGGACAAGAACUUUUGGCCAAGUGUGAUUUAUGCUAUUAGGACCACAAGUCCUUUAGUUGAAGUGCUAAGGUUAGUUGAUGGUGAUAAGGAACCGGCUAUGGGAUUUCUCUAUAAUGCAAUGGAUAAGGCGAAGGAAAAGAUAGCAAAUAAUUUGGGUGGAGAAGAAAAAGAUUACAAGGAGAUAUGGGAAAUCAUUGAUGAGAAAUGGGAAUUUCAAUUACAUCGACAUUUGCAUGCCGCUGCCUACUAUUUGAAUCCCCGCUGUCAUUAUGCAGAAGAUUUUUCCAACCAUCCAGAGGUCAAGUUGGGUUUGUUUCAUUGUAUGGACAGACUUAUCCCAGAUCCCAAAGAAAGAGAAAAAGCUGACCUUCAAUGUAGCAUUUUUCACAACAAGGAAGGCUUCUUUGGAUUUACCCAAGCUAAACAGACAUUUGAAAAACGAUCACCAGUGGAUUGGUGGACUCAAUAUGGAGAUGGCACGCCAGAGUUACAAAAAUUUGCCAUCAAAGUAUUAGGUCUUACUUGCUCGGCAUCAGGAUGCGAGCGAAAUUGGAGCACUUUCAAUCAAGUUCAUACAAAAAAAAGAAAUCGAUUGACUACCCAAAGAAUGCAUUCUUUGGUAUAUAUAAUGUUCAACAAAAGAUUGAAAGAUAGAUAUUUGAGGUUGGCAUCUCCACCGUCAAAUGAAGAUGAUGCUUUGUUGCUUGAUGAUUUGCCAUCUGAUGAUGAAUGGAUCAUUGGUGAUAACGAAAAUGAAAAUGUGCAAAGGCUAAGUGAUAAGGAGCUUGAGAGAUUGGAAUUGACCCAAUUAAACCAAAAUCAUACAAGUGCUCCAGAAUCUAGUUCAAGAGCGGGAAAGCGACAGAGACUAGUAGUAGACAUAGAUGAGGAUGAAUGGAAGGAUAUUGAUGGUGGCAAUGAGGGUGGUGGCGAUGAGGAUGGUGACGAUGAAUUUGAGGAUUUCUAAUCAUCAUUGCAUGUUCCAUCAAUGCUUUAGUUCGAGUUUUAUGAGUCAAAUAUGUUCUAGGAUAGUAGAAUUUAGAAUUCUAAUUCUAGAAACAUAAUUAUC